AUGGACGCCCUCAAAUCCGCCGGCAGAGCGAUUAUCAAGAGCCCCGGAGUCCCGCGGCACACAUGGGGAACUUCAAAGCACGAAAAGCUGCCAGAGAACUGGACAGACACCAAGGAGACUCUGCUGGAGGGGAUGGUGUUCAACGUGAAGUACCUGGGUAUGACCCUGGUGGGCCAGCCCAAAGGAGAGGACAUGGCCUCGGCCGCCAUUCGCAGAAUUGUUGCCACGGCCAGAGCCAGUGCUAAGAAGUUUCGGAAAGUAACUUUGACAAUCUCACCGAAAGGCAUCAUCAUCACAGACACAGAGACUACAGACCUCAUAGAAAAUGUCUCCAUAUACAGAAUCUCGUACUGCACAGCGGAUAAAACUCAGGAUAAGGUCUUCGCAUAUGUCUCUCAGAGUCAGUUCAAUGAGACCCUGGAGUGUCACGCGUUUCUCUGCCAAAAGAAGAAGAUUGCUCAGGCUGUGACAUUAACAGUAGCCCAGGCCUUCAAGGUGGCCCUCGAUCUUUGGGAGAUUGCUCAGGAAGACAAAAGCAAGAAGGCCAGGACCUGCUGUUCUUGUGCGGCAAGCAACGGGCAGACAGAGACAGCAAACUCUCAGUGUGUUCCAGCAGAUCCGGAGGCACACAAGCCUGUCGGGGUGGAGGAGAAGCUCCGGAGGCCUUUCUUCUCUGCUUCGCUCAGCUCGCCCUCACCUCGCAGUAACCCUACUCGACGACGACCAAUAAAGCAUGAUUCUUGGGACGUGGAGGAUGGACUCGACGAUGCGUUCUCAAGACUGGCCGAGUCCCGCUCCGAACCCGUCUCUGACGAUGCAGCUCUGAGUCCCCGUCGGCUCUCCGAGGAGAAUCUGUUGUAUAUCUGCGACAAUGAGUUUGAAUAA